UUGUUUGCAGGAGACAACUCGAACGGGGAUUUCAUCAUUGUAAAAUCCUAGUUAAAGAUGUCGGCGAAUCAACCUGAGACAUCUGUCAAUCUGAGAGAAUGUCUGAAGAAUGGUACCUUGUCUCUGAGAGACCUCGAUAAAAAGCAAAAGAGACGAUCCUCAAAGGGAAGAAGGAGGCGAAGCAAGACAAAGACUGGAAGAACUGAAAAGGCAGCUGAUGGCGAUACAACUAAAACGGAGGCUAUGGAAGAUUCAAAAAACACCACGAAGGCGUCAAAGAUAACAAAAUCUUCAAAGACCACAACAGUUCCGAAAGGAAGAGAUCUUGAAAUGAACACCCAACACAAAGAAUCUGAUGAAAUUGUACGCAGCAUCCUUGAUAAUGUAUUUGACACAGUUACCAGGCAAUGCAUUGCUAUUGAGCACAGCGUUGCAAAUGAACAGGCACAUGCAUUGGCCGAAGCCUUCAUGGCAGCUUUUGACGAAAGGGUGGUAUUUACACGGAAGUUCUACAUGGACCAGAGAAGAGAAACACAGGAGUUGUUAUACAGAGCAGCACAGGAAAAUGUGAAGGACUUGAUAAUCAGAGCAACAGCACAAUGUAAUCCAAGUCAAGACAAAGAAAAACUGGAUGCUGUCUAUCCAUUAGAUUUUCUGCGAUCUGCAGAUUUGGAUGCAAGAAUGAGAGCGCAUGUGGAACAAAUAAACGCCGAGAAACUGGCAAUGAAACAGAUUAUGUACAAGACGGCCUCGGAAAUUGUCGAGGAUUUGUUCUCUUGCGCAGCCAAUAAUGCAAGCGUACAAAAUGUGCUUGAAACAGGGGUAACUUAUGAAGAAGAAGUAGAUUCUGAGUUACCUGUGAGAGGCUGGAGAAGAUUCCUGUGUUGUGCAAAGACAAACAAACUAAAGAAAAAGAACAAGAAAUCAGGAUUACUUGAUGGACUACGCCGAUUGUUUAGCCGCCGUUAAUUUCUCUCUAUUUAUUAAUAUUUAUUUUAUUGAAAUUACUAUUGUUAUCUUUUUCUAUGUUUGUGUCUGUUAAAUUUUAUCAUUUGAAGAAAAGAAAUAUAUUUCCAUUAUUCAGAAAAACCAUAUAAUUAUAUAAUGAUUAACUCUUUUGGUCAUUUGUACUAGAAA